CGGAGUCCUCGGGGUGGGGACGUCGGUUGCUAAGGACUCCGUGGCAACAGCAGGAGAGAUCGGUGUGACACCAGCGAGGCGACGCAGUUUGAGAUGCUGUCUGGAAAACGAGAUGUUCAGCCCAGAUUCGCUCCAUCAAACAGAGUUUUGGAGUUGGCGCAGCACAAAACCUCAAAAGCGGUCUGGGCCACGACUCCCUGUGGGAGGCUGAACUGGGGCAACCAGGAGCCCGUGUGGCCCGUCUCCGCCUCGGCGCUGCGAGCCCGUCCGAGUGAGAGGAUCCAGCUCCUGGCCGGCCACAAAAGAGACUUCUCGGCAAGGGAGGCCCACCGGAGGUAACCGUGGCACCCCCGACA